CUGUUGGUGGUUGUUUCGGUCGUAUUUGGUAAGGAUGUAGCCGAUGGUGGGGAAAAGCAAUCGAAAUUGGUGCAACGUGAACAGCGGCAAGAGGAAGGUUUGGAUAAGGAAGCGGGAGUUCAAAAGCACGACGACAAACUGCAGGGGAAAUCUCAUGAUCAUAGAUCGUCUUCAUCCGAAACGCCCGCUCAGGAUGCUGGAAGGACAGCGAACAAAGCAGAUGAGAAAAAAGUAGAGAAACUGGUCACUGGUAGUAGAGCACAAGCAAGAUCUCGAGGUGGAUCAACAAGUAUGUUAUUAUACGAAUAUGAAUUCGUAUCUGAAACGGAAAUAAACAGUAACAGUGAUGCUGAUAAGAGUUAUUCGAAAAGGGAAAGCCAAAUUGUGACGAAACUCAAUGCCACAUACGCAUUCGAUCUUACUCAUUAUGAUAAACUUGGAGGUAUCCUCGGUCGAUAUCACUCACAGUCAAGAGUGAAUUAUGUUCUCGUUGUUGUUGUUCAGAUGAUCAAAUGUAAUUCUGGUCCAUGUGACUACGAUAUGCCAGAUUUGUACGUGGACUUCGUUCAAGGCGGCAAUAACAUCAAUAAUAUAUUCACAAAUACAUCCAGUAAGACGAAGUGGAAUAUUUUGUUGUCGGCGGCAAACAUUGUUCAUACACCAGCGAUCAGUGGAGGUGGUGAUCAUCAGACUGUGGUUCGUUGCUUUAAGAUUAUUAUCAUUACACCGUAUGGAUUAUGUAGUUAUCAUUUUUGGAGACCGGAAGACAAAAUUUUCAAGCGACGAGUGAACAAAUGUAGUUUUGAUGGAAUUCGCAAUCAUUCAUUAAUUGCUUCGGCAACUGUUCAUAGCUAUGAGCAUAUGAUUGAAUAUAUACAGAAUGCGAAAAUGAAUGCCGAUAUAGCAUACAUUGAAGCAGAUGAAAAACUCCAUAUCACCUCGGUACCACUCAAGAACGCUCUUGAUAUGAACAUUCACACCAAAACCACAUUAACAAUGGUGAAUCGUACGAAGGUAUAUGUGGAACCUUUAUGUGAUAUGGAAGAAACAGCGAGUGAAUGUGCUGAAAGUCGAUUAAGUCUAACGAAAUUGGGUAAAAGUUGGCAAGUUGUAAAGCAAAACUUAUGGAUGGGACUGUUGAAAAAGAUAAUGGAAAAAUAUCAUAAAAUUAAAGCGCAAAAGAGAUUGGAUGAAGUGUCAGAAAAUUCCGAUGGAUCAUUCAUAUUCAGCGAAUUGGUUGAUGCAGUUUCAUUGGCGACAACGGAGCAACUGUUAGAGACGUUUGAGGAUAAGAGGAAUGAUCCGUUUUUAGGUGUUUUUACGAAUGCAUUGGGAUCUGCGGGAACUAUGCGAACGCAUCGUUUCGCACGUGAUGUAGUUUUAGUGAGGAAACAGCAAUUUGUAAGCAAAUACUUGGAGAGUGUUGCACUUUCAACGAAACUGAAUGAUGAGGUCGUGGACGAUAUCAAGGUAGUUUGUGAUGAAAUUCAAUGGCUAUUCACUGAACUGGCGAAACAAGAGCAGCCCAUCGAACAGAAUGAAACCAAGAAAGUGGCGAAUCAAAAUGAAGAUGUUGACGAAUCGAAAGAAGCACUUGAUCAUAAUCGCAAUUUCAUAAGACAAAUCGCAUUUGCAUAUGCAACUUUAUUGAAUCGUUUUUGUAAGUCAUCGAAGAGUCGUUUAAACGCAUGCAACAACCACAAAGAUAAGAAUGUCAAUGAAUUUAUCGUUGCGAUAACGAAAUGUGAUCGCCGUGAUGUGGAUUGUAAUCGUAGCGCGCUUCAAAUAUUGGUGAAUUUACCAGUUGCGGGCGUUGUACCGUAUGCAAGUCAGUUUAUUUGUUCAAAAGACAACAGUGCUCAGUUGUUUUUGCAGAAGAACGCAUUGAAGUUACUGGCAUUCGUUGAGACGGAAUUCAUUGAAACGCCCGUUAUCAAUAAAUUACUGCGAAUCUUCCGUAACGCGUGCCCACUAGCACAAUCGACCACCGAUCAGACAUUGACAAUUGAUGUGCUGAUGAAUGCAGUGCCUGAGCAUGCUUCAGUUGAUGAUUACUGGAAACAAUUGCGAAAAUUCAAAUUGUUCAGGAAUCAUUAUUUACACAGAAGUUUGAAAGCAAUGUCCAACGUUUACAACGUGAAAAUUGCAGAAAGCAAUAAUCACAUAAUUGAAUCCACAUCAAAAACGGAAUUCAACAAUGAAAUUUUCAAACGAAGUGAUUUCUUGAUAAGUGUACGGCGUCAAAAUGGUCAUCAAAACUCGCCAGUGCUCGCGUUAACGGUUGAUACGGCUGGUUUAGCGAACGUUGUUUCGGAUUCGCAGUCGGAAGAGUCAGAUAUGGAUGCUUAUGAAGCACCUGAAGCAGUGGUACAAUUAAGUCUGUUCGGUUCAAGUUUGCCACCCAUAAAGAUUUUCGAUAGUUAUACGGGUUUAUUAAGCACGGUUUGGAAUGCGGAUGGUAGCAUCAUUAAUGCGCAUGAGACGAACAUAAUUUGGCGUCAGUUCGUAAACGUGAUACCGCUUUUCAAUGGAAUGACGUUAACAAACGAUAUGAUCGGAGGCUUUUCGUUGAAAGUAAGUGGAUCGUCAAAAACCAGCAUUUUGAAUCGUGAUGCGCAGUCGACUAUGAUCAACGAUGUGUCGGCAAGUUUGGAUACAAAGUUGACAUUGGUGAAUGGGAAUGGAGUUGUGGGUAACUUAUGGCAUCGUUUGAGUGCUUCUGGUUCAGUUGUAUUGGAUUUGGAUGUUGAUUUCUAUGCAGAACCAUAUUUGUUCUGUGCGGUUGUUAGUCAGGGACCGCUCCAACUCAAGUAUGCUUCCACUAAAAAAACCAUGUCGUACUACCAACGCAUUGAUAAUGGAAAACCUAAACAAAAUAAGUUUUCGCACACUGUCAUUACACCACCACAUUGUUAUGCUCUCAACAGACGUUCAACAGAAAUGUGCAAUGAAAUGUUCAAGCAUAAGGAGUAG